GACCGUCAAUGAUUCUACUAUAAAUGUAUACAUAUGCGUUGUUCAGUUCUUGCAUGGCUUAGGAAGUUAGAAGAAAAAAACAGAGAUGAAACGAGUUGUAAUAAUAUGUUUAGUUACACUGCUGUUGUUUAGUGUUUCAAUAACAGAAUCUAUUGCUAAUUCACAGACACAAAGAGACCAAGACAAGAAAGGUUUGGUUAGAAAAAGACACGGAAGGGUCAAAAGCAGAAGACAAAACCGAAGUAGAAACGGCGAAGCCUUUGCUACUAAAUGCGAUGUGUUCUUUAGAUGCGUGUUUGGCACUUGCGGUCAAUGGAACUUCCCAAUUGUGCCUUGUCCUCAAAACCCUUUCCUGCCUCCUCCGCAAGCUUUACCACCACCUAUUUCACCACCAGCACUGCCACCCCCGGUUGUCACACCCUGCCCACCACCACCGCCACCACCGUGUGUUACUUGUGUAGAAGCAUCACCACCACCACCGCCAAUCCCUGUUCCUUGCCCACCUCCACCAUUGCCACCACCAUCGCCUCCUCCUCCCGUGCCUUGCAUUACUUGCGUCACAACCCCGACACCGUCUCCACCCCCGGCGCCUUGCAUUACUUGUGUCUCAGCCCCGGCACCGCCUCCUGCUCAGCCUUGUGUUGUUUGCACCACGGCACCGGCUCCACCUGCACCAGUGCCUUGCCCACCGACACCAGUAGCACCCGUUAUCCCAUUUGUCCCUAUACCGAUUAUACUCCCUCCGUUACCACCUUUAUUUCCAACUCAGCCACCACCAACACCAUCGGCAACGCCUUCUCCGGUUCCAAUCCUACCUCCACCUACUCCAGUGCUGCCACCACCAACACCAUCGGCAACGCCUUCUCCGGUUCCAAUCCUACCUCCACCUACUCCAGUGCUGCCACCACCAACACCAUCAGCAACGCCUUCUCCGGUUCCAAUCUUACCUCCACCUACUCCGGUUCUACCCCUCCCGCCACCUUCUGCUCCUCUUCCACCACCAUUAUCUUCUUCUCUUCCAUCACCACCCCUUCCAUUAGUCUUAUCUCACCACCAACACUACCUGGCGGCUCAGUUUCUCUGCCACCAUUUACGAUGACACCACCUCUUUUAGGUGGUGGCGGUCCAGGAAUCAUCAGUUCACCACCUCCUCUUUUAGGUGGCGGAGCUCCGGGAAUCACAGGUUCACCUCCUCCUCUAUUACGCGGUGGCUCUCCGGGAACCAUUAGUUCACCACUUCCGUUUUUAGGCGGUGGAGCUCCGGGAACCAUUAGUUCACCUCUUCCUCCUUUAUUUGGCGGCGGCAUUCCAGGAAUCACCAGUUCACCUCCUCCUCCUCUUUUAGGCGGGGGCACUCCAUUAAUCACUGGUUCACCUCCGCUUUUAGGAAGAGGAAAUCCAGGAACAACCGAAUCACCUUCUCCGCCUCCUAUUUUAGGAGCCGAAGUCCCAGGGACUAAUGAUACACCUCCUCCGCCGUUGGUGGCUGACCUCCCACCAGUGACAUGGUUUUCACCACCUGAUACAACCAACGGAUCACCACCCCCAUCAUCUGUUAUCAUCCUUCCUCCGCCAUUAGAUCGUUCUACAUUAACACCACCAACUUCACAAUUUCCACCGCCAGAUAUAACCACUGGAACUCCACCACCCGCACCGGAUACCCCUUCACUUCUCCCACCACCAGUAGACGAUUUUCCACUGAUCCCAUCCCCGCCUGACUUAUCUACACCAGAUUUUUCACCACCUGAUGUAACAAUCGAGCCACCAAUUGACCAGUCAACACCACCGCCACCCAUCCUUCCCGAGAUUCUGCCUCCACCAGUUGAAGAUUUCCCGCCAAUUAUUCCUCCACCGGUUCAAGACCUACCUCCGAUAAUACCACCUGACCAAACAACUCCAGAGUUUCCACCACCUGAUGAAACAACCGAGCCACCAAUUGACCAAUCAACACCAUCGCCAGUAGUCCUUCCCGUGAUUCUGCCUCCACCAGUUGAAGAUUUCCCGCCAGUUAUUCCUCCACCAGUUCAAGACCUCCCUUCCAUUUUACCUCCACCGGUUCAAGAGUUGCCGCCUAUUUUGCCUCCACCAGUUGAAGAUUUUCCGCCCAUUCUACCCCCACCGGUUCAAGAACUUCCGCCGGUUUUCACAACACCUCCGAUCGUGCAAGAUCCACCUACAGUUCCAAUAUUCUGCACACCACCAGCCUUAGGAGAUUUCCCACCGCAAACUCCCGUCUUUACCACGCCACCGGAGGUAACGAAUCCAUGGCUACCGCCGGAGCAACCACCGGUUACGUCCAACCCAACAAUACCGGAAAAUCCAUAUCCAAACCCGGACAUGGGUUCAAAUCAACCGGUGGUUCAGCUUCCUGCACCCUCUUGGGAUUCCCCGCCAUUUAAUCGCUGAUUUUCUGUAUUUUUGAAAUUUCUCCCUUUUUAAAUGAUAAAUAUGUAACGUAACCUAAACGUAAUAAGCAAGCAAUGCCACCUCGUACAUAUUCAUGGCUGUAAAUUUGCAUUUUCAACAAGUUAAUAAUC